AGGAAAUUACGUCACAAAAGAAAAAAGCAAACUGUCAUGGCUGUGUUAGAAGAUGCCACUGUCAAACAAUGAAAAAUCAGCCCGACACAGAGCUAAGGUGAACGCCGAUCCUCUUGCAAGGGCCAAAUAUCUUGCAAAAAGAAGAGAGAGUUAUCAACAAAGAAAAAGAGAGGGAAAGACAAAAACUCCUCCAGUAGCUGAACUCUCUACAGCAAGACAGCAGCAAUUGAGGCAGAAAUGGAGACAGUACCAGAGAAAUCACAGAGAGAAGAUGCGUAAUUCAACACCGCAAUUCUGCAGUUUUCAGUUUGAGAUAAGCUCUCAAUGGCAGCAGGAAUCUGCUCCAUACUCAUCCAGCAGUGAGAUGGACUCCAGCUCUACGAGACAGGACACCUGUGAGAGACCUGUCAACAGCUACAGCUGGAUAAAACAGGAGACAGAUACUGAAGUUAUCCAAUGGGAAGAUUCAAACUCAGUGGCUGCCAGUGAUGCAGAGCAGGACAACACUCAGAGCAGUGCCAUUUCCUCAGAUAUGAUUCCUAAUGAAGGUGUAUCAUAUAGUGUGAUGCAGACCAUCACCAGACUUCAGUGUCUGCUGGAGAGCAAACAAGAGAGGAUUGAAGCUCUGGAGAAACAGGUGCAGGAUCUACAGGAGGAUCGCAAGUUCCUCCGCACACAUAUUGAGAACCUCACCGGCGCUCUCUCUGCUCAUCUCCAUGAGGGGAUUUCACAUGAAUUGAGAAAAAGCUAAAUAUUAUUAGUUAUUUAAAUGUGGUUUGGAUUGUUCAGACAGUGUAGUCAAUAUCCAGUAUAUCUACAACUGUUGCCAUAGUAAUGACUUAAGCGUCAGCUCAAAUCCAAGAGAGAUAAAAGAGUAGCUGUCAGUGUGAAAUAGAGAAUGGAUAACUGGACAUUUGACCUAUUCUCAUGUCCAUUAUGAACAUAAGAUACUGUAUCAUGUAUAUACUGUGUUUGAAAUUGCUAAGUUAUUCAUCAUUCAUUACAUAGUUAAUUCAAUAUAUGAGUGAAUUUAAAGCAUUUUGUAUAUGACAUUACAGUCAUGUCACGACUAAUGACGAAAAAGUACUUGAAAUCUGAUCUGACUUUAAAUUAUAAUGUGUUUCUAAAAAAGUUUUUAAUCAGAUUUCAAACCACAUAUGGAUGUGGAUGUAUUUCAUGUUUUUUUUAAAACAGAUGUACCCCCCCAACACCUUUUCUGUAAAAAGCCUGCAUGUGUUCAAACAUGUCUUGUUUUUUGUUUGAAUUACUUUUAUGAUGGUUUGUUUUUGUAUUAUCUUAUUGUUAUCAUUUAAUGUAAAUGAGCUUGAAAUAAACUUGACAAUUAUGUAUUACAAUUAUGUUGCAUGUUUUUAUAAAACAAUUUAAGCGCAUAAUUAUUGCCCUGCUCAAUUAACUGAGAAUGAUGUUUCCUGUUGGACUGGUA